AUGGCAUCUCUGCGACAAUGUAUAUCGCCGGGGAUCUCAUCCAUUCAAGACCCAGCGCUCUCGUCGCUUCGAGAUCAUCAAGCCACCCUCCAUACUCCAUUCUUCGGCUUCUCAUUGGCCAACGUCCCGCGACCGGGGACACUCCACGUGUCCGCUCCCACCGCGAUCGGCGCUGGCGUAUCCUCGCAGCGCCUCACAAUCACCGCGAAGGCGAAUUCGAAACAUCAGGAGCAUCAGCAGCCGUCGAAAAAAACAGGAUCGACGACCAAGGUCACGUCUCGCCGCCAGACGAACACCCGAGUCGCGGUUCAGGGCUACCAAGGAGGGAACCGGACGGAAGGCGACGCGUCGGACGAGGACGCGGGGCGCGCAGAGGAUCUGCGCGACGCGCUGAAGGAGGCGCAGUUCGUGCGGUGGUUCCGCGAGGCGUGGCCGUACAUCCAGGGUCACCGCGGCAGCACGUUCGUGAUCGUCGUUCCCGGCGACGUCGUCGCGAACCGUCAGAUCUUCGACUCCAUCCUGCAGGAUGUCGCGUUGCUGCACGGCCUGGGAGUGCGCAUCGUGCUCGUGCCGGGAAGCCACGUGCAAAUCAACGAUCUUCUCGAGGAGCGCGGCGUGGCGUCCAUGUUUCACGGCGCGUAUCGCGUGACGGACACGGAGGCGCUGGCGGCGGCGAUGGAGGCGUCGGGGCGCACGCGCGUGGACAUCGAGGCGAAGCUGUCGCGCGGCCCGGUGAUCCCGGUGCUGCGGCGGCACGGCGAGAGCGAGAAGUGGCACGAAGUGGGCAUCAGCGUCGCUAGCGGCAACUUCGUGCACGCCAAGCGGCGGGGCGUGGUGGGCGGCAUGGACUACGGGGCGACGGGCGAGGUGAAGCGCGUGGACGUGGCGCGCAUCCGGAGCCGCCUCGACAGCAGCUGCGUCGUGCUGCUCAGCAACCUCGGAUUCACUCCAGCCGGCGAGGUGCUCAACUGCAACACGUACGAGGUAGCCACAGCGUGCGCCAUAGGCCUGGGAGAGGACAAGCUCAUCUGCCUGCUGGACGGGGCAGUUGCGGACAACAAUCCCCCCAAACCGGCUUGCCCUUUCCCCUUCACAAUCCCUCUGCAUUUCCUCCCUCCCAGCACGUACGAAGUAGCUACAGCGUGCGCCAAAGGGCUGCGAGCGGACAAGCUGAUCUGCCUUCUGGACGGGGCAGUUGCGGACAACCGCGGGCGGCUCUGUUGGUGGCUCACCCAACACGCACCCCAACCCACUCUCUUCCCCCGUCCCCUCUCCCCCCGUCCCAUCCCUCCCAGCACAUACGAAGUCGCCACAGCGUGCGCCAUAGGCCUGGGAGCGGACAAGCUGAUCUGCCUGCUGGACGGGGCGGUCGCGGACAACCGCGGGCGGCUGAUCCGGUGGCUGACGCUGCAGCAGGCGGAUGUGAUUAUAAGGAACCGCGCCACGCGGAGUUACACCGCCGCGGACUUCGAGAAGCCUGGUCCUCCUCUCCCCACGUUCAGUGGGGGAAGGGAGGGGGGAGAUGCGCGGAGCGAGAGGGGGAACGGGAGGGCCAAUGGCGCGGGCGCAGAGGGGUUGGGAGCGCGGGAGAGUUGGGGGAAUGGCGGUUUGGCGGAGGCGGGGUUUGGGGAGAGUGCUGCGUGGGGGUGGGGGGGGAAUGGAGGGGGUGGCGGGGCGGGGAGGGCGGAGGAGAGGCGGGGGUUUGCGGUGGGCGGAGAGGAGCGGUCGGUGCAGCGAUACGGGUUCCUGUCAGAGCUCACUGCUGCUGUUUACGCCUGCCGGGUGAGUGGGAAGAGGGGUGCUGGGAGAGUGAUGGAUGGGGGGUGGCGUGCGGCGGGUGCAUCUAUUGAACAGUGCAGUGGAGGGCACGCUGCUGCUGGCGGGGUGCGGCGGGUGCAUCUAUUGAACAGUGCAGUGGAGGGCACGCUGCUGCUGGAGCUGUACACACGGGACGGUGUUGGUACCAUGGUCUCGAGCGAUUUGUACGAGGGCACGCGGGCAGCUCAGGUGUCGGACAUGCCCGGCAUCAGAGCGCUGCUGGAGCCCCUGGAGGCCGCUGGGGUGCUGCUGCCCCGGGGGGACGAGCAGUUGCGCCGGGAGCUCCCAUUCUUCACGGUGGUGGAGCGUGACGGCCACACCAUCGCGUGUGCGGCGCUCUUCCCCUUCCCCUCCGCGCGCAUGGCUGAGGUCGCAGCCUUCGCCGUCUCGCCUGCAUCGCGGGGCAACGGGCGCGGGGACAACCUUCUAGCGUACUUGGAGAAGCGGGCAGUGGACAUGGGCAUGGAGAAGCUCUUCCUCAUGACCACCCGCACUGCCGACUGGUUUGUCCACCGGGGGUUCGUCCCUUGCGAUUUAGAGAGGCUACCAGAGGAGAAGCUGAAGAAGGUGGACCGCAGCCGGGGGUCCAAGAGCUUACUUGCUAUGUUCCCUGCCUCUGGUACCUCCUGUCCUUGUGCCUACAGGUUUGUCCACCGGGGGUUUGCCCCGUGUGAUCUAGAGAGGCUACCAGAGGAGAAGCUGAAGAAGGUGGACCGCAGCCGCGGAUCCAAGAGCUUUGUGAAAGACCUGGAAGUGAGCGAUGAGGAGGACGCAGACAGCGAUGAGGAGUGGGACGCUGAUGGGUUGCCCACCGACCUUCCCAAGUACUCGUAG